AUGGUGGGCUAGGGGGUGGCGGCUCUCUAUUUUUGGGUCUCCUGCGGCGCCUCAGCCGGGUAGCUGCAGUACUCCGUGUUGGAGGAGACGGAGCGGGGAGUAGCUGUAGGCAAUGUCGCCGAGGACUUGAAACUGUCGGCGGCCGCUCUGUCCUUGAGGAACUUUCGCUCUUCCAGUCACGAUGAGCCCUACUUCGGAGUGGACCCGGUCAGCGGUAGCUUGGUGGUCCGAGAGCCGGCAGACCGCGAGCGGCUGUGCGAGGCCAAAGCUGUCUGCGUCUUGACCUAUGAGCUGCACAAGAUGGGCGUUCACGUCCUGGACGCCAAGGACAACUCGCCUCUUUUGUCUGCUGGCAGCUUGCAGCCCCACAUCCCCGAGUUCCUGACACCCGAAGCCAGCUUUACUCUUCAAGCUCAUGAUGCCGACGAGGGAAGCAACGGGGUGCUAAGCUACAGCCUCAGUCGCAGCCAGCACUUCCGCCUGGAAAUGGGGGCGCGGGUCGACGGCAGCGAAUACCCAGAGUUGGUGUUGGAGAAAACGCUGGAUCGCGAGCAGCGCGCCCCCCACGCUCGGGACAGCGGGCGGCCCGCGCGCUUCGGAGACGCACAAGUCACCAUCAUCGUGGUGGACACCAACAACAACGCGCCUGUAUUUGAGCGCUCCGUAUACCGCACGAAGAUUCCAGAGACUGUCCCCAAUGGGAUUGUGUUGUUCUGAGUUCAGGCCGUCUAUCCGGAUGAGGGCUCCAAUGGGGAAAUCCGGUACUCCUUAAGCAAUAGCACGUGAGCAGAGCUGAGAUACCGUUUUCUCGUGCACCCUAGAAGUGGGGAGGUGCGUGUCACAGGUCCACCUUAAACGCUGUUGGAGGCAUACAAUAUAGAGGCGAGGGAUGAAGGCACCUUCGGUUUAGCUAGCGCUGCUGAACUGCUGGUGGAGGUAACUGACGUGAACGAUCAUGCCCCCGAGAUGAACCUCAUGACUCUAUCUAGCCCGGUUCCAGAAGACGCCGCACCUGGCACAGAGAUUGCUCUCCUCAGUGUAAGGGAUGAGGACCUUGGUCCCAAUGGUAGGGUCACUUUUAGCAUGUACAGCGGAAGCCCUUUUCAGCUAAAGGUUUCUUUUGACAACUACUACAGCCUUCUGACUGAUGGGCCGCUGGACCGGGAGCAAAUCAGCGAAUACUAGCUCCUAAUCACUGCUUCCGAUGGUGGCUUGCCCCCGCUUAGCACCCGCAGGACACUCACUGUGUAAGUUGCUGCUGUGAACGACAAUACAGCAAGCUUUCCCCAACCGCAACAGGAACUCUUUGUGGCUGAAAACAACGGGCCCGGGGCCAACCUGGGCCGUGUGUUUGCCCAGGACCCGGACCUGGGGAAGAAUGGCCUUGUCUUCUAUGAGCUGUUAGAUAUUAAUUCUGAAGGCCCGUCAGUCUCUAGCUUGGUGGCAGUGGAAUCAUCCAGUGGUAUCACUGCCAAAACUUCCUUUGACUUCGAGCGGCUCAGGGGGUUUUCCUUACAGGUGGAAGCCAGGGAGGGUGGCAUUCCUCCCAGAAGUGCAACACUGACUGUGAACUUGUUUGUAGUGGAUAGGAACAACAAUGUUCCAGUGUUGUUUCCCGUGCCAAGGAAUGGCUGUGUACCAGUGGAAAUUGUGCCCUGCUCUGCUAGAAGUGGACACUUGGUCACAAAAGUGGUAGCAGAGGAUGCAGACAGUGGCUCCAAUGCCUGGCUUUCCUACCAUGUCUCUCAGGCUUCUGAUUCUAGCCUUUUCAGAAUUUCAGCCAGUAUGCGAGAGCUGCGGACAGCUCGGUUAGUUCUUUCCACUGAUGCAGUUAAGCAGAGAGUGAUGGUAGUGGUUUGGGACCAUGGAGACCCACCACUUUCCUUUUCCAUCACUGUGGGUGUGCUGUUGAGCAACUCUGCCCCUCAAGUCCUUCCAGACUUGGAAGAUCCCUGGGAAACAGGAGGGCAGCUUUCUGCCCAGAACUUGUAUUUUGUCAUUGCUCUGGCCUGUAUUUCCUUUUUAUUUCUGGUCUUACUUUUAUUCCUGUGCAACAAGUUGAACCAGAGCCUAGGUUGUUGCUCUCAGAGCCGCUGUGCAGUUUGCUGUUGCUCUCCAGAGGAACUGAGGAAUGGAAAGAGGAUGACUUCAAAUCCUUGCAUGACAUCAACAACAAUAGAUGUUACCACAAUCGAGAGACUGUCUCAGACCUAUCUCUAUCGGGCCUCUUUGGGACUUGGUUCUGAUAACAACAGUUUGCUGUUGCUUGGGGAAUACAGUGCUGCUGACCUGAGAAAUCUGGCCACUGGAGUAGGAUUGAAUUUGCUGAUAUCUUGUAUUCAGAUUCGGAAUAGGAAAGGAGAUCAUGCAAAUAUCAAUGCCAUGGUAAGCGAAUGUUAUGGGACUUGA